AUGCCGGCAGACCUCUCAAACUAUCUCGCAUCUCGCUAUCUCGUCGCCGACCCUAAGCCUACCUCUAAAAAACGCAAGCGCAAGCAUGCUCCGUCGUCCGGGCUGCUGAUCACCGACGAUGACGACUCAACAUGGGUCACCGCCGGCAAGCAGCAAGCAGAUGACGACGAGGACGGCCCUGUGACUGUUGCCGGAUCCACCUCAGAAUUCCGCAAGGCCAAAAAGAGCGGCUGGAAGGUGGUGGGCGGGCCCAGGGACGCAGCUGGCCCGUCCAUCGACGACUCAGCUGCAGCAGAUGCCAUUCUUGCCGCCGUCGCCGCGGAGAACGCGGCCGCCAAAGCGGACGACGACGAGGCCCCCGUCGUCGAGGGUAAUGAGGGAGCUGUCAAGAUGAGCGACGGGACACAUGCCGGCUUGCAGACCGCAGCUGCUGUGUCGGCCCAGCUCAAGAGACGGCAGCGAGAGGAACAAGAAGAGUUUGAGAGGCAUCGCAAGCAUGCAAAAGAGGAGGAGACAGUCUACCGCGACGCCACCGGCAGGAGAAUAGACAUCUCCAUGAAGAGAGCCGAGGCUCGUCGAGCCGCUGCCGAGGCCGAGCGCAAAGAAGCUGAAGCCAAGGAAGCGUUGAAAGGACAGGUUCAGCUUGAGGAGACACGCCGGCGGAGGGAGCUCCUCGAGGAUGCGAAAGUCAUGUCGUUCGCCAGGACAGCAGAAGACGAGGACAUGAACCGGGAAUUGAAGGAGAGGGAGCGAUGGAAUGACCCUAUGGCGCAGUUCAUGAGUGAAAGAAACGCGGCUCCAGGGCCAGGUGGCAGGUCGUCCAGGAGACGCCCCAUCUACUCUGGCGCCGCUCCGCCUAAUCGUUUCGGAAUCAAGCCCGGCUAUCGGUGGGAUGGCGUCGAUCGGGGUAAUGGCUUCGAAGCCGAGCGGUUCAAGGCCAUCAACAGACGGGAGAGGAACAAGGAUCUCCAGUACUCCUGGCAGAUGGACGAGUAG